UCCCGGUGACGUGCACGCGGAUGUGUGCAGCAGCAGAAUGAGGGAGCGCUCAGUGACGGAUCCACGCGUGACGCAACAGGUGAGGAGGACGCAUAAAAGGCAAAGUGACGGCGGCCCACAGGAGGCUGGAGACUACACAGCGGCGACGUUUGAACAGAGGAGAUGAUCUGGGCCAUACUGCUGCUCGUUUUACUUUACGGUGUCAUCACACGCAGACGCAGAUCCAAGAGCGAACCACCUCUUGAUAAAGGACGUAUUCCAUGGUUGGGCCAUGCACUUGAAUUUGGAAAGGAUGCCUCUAAGUUCAUAAAUCGAAUGAAGGAAAAACACGGAGACAUCUUCACGGUGCGCGUCGCUGGUCGCUACGUGACCCUGCUGCUGGAUCCACACUCAUACGACGCAGUCAUCAGUGAUUCAGACUCUCUAGACUUUACAAAAUAUGCGCAGGUGCUCAUGGAGCGGAUCUUUAACCUGAAGCUUCCACAUGAGCAGCCAGCAAAAGCCAAAACCAUGAUGAAAAGUCACUUCUUGGGAGUAAAUUUGCCUACCCUGAAAAGCUCAAUGGGCCGGCACCUGCAGGGCUUGCUGAAAGCUGAGCUGCCUCAGAACCAGAGAGACUGGAAAGAAGAAGGGCUGUUUAACCUCUGCUACGGCUUACUCUUUAGGGCGGGAUACCUGACGCUGUUCGGAGGAGAGCAGAACAACAAUGCCGUAGAUCCAUCACGUGUCUACGAGGAGUACAAGAAGUUUGAUGGUUUUCUAACCAAACUGGCAAGAGGCACGCUGAAAACAGAGGAGAAGAAAACGGCAGAGAGCGUUCGCAAAAGACUCUGGGACCUUCUGGCUCCAGCAGGUCUGAAUGAGGAUUCGGCGUCAAGCCCCUGGCUCCACGCCUACAAGCAGCUCCUGCAGGAGGACGGUGUGGAUGAGGAGACUCAGAGAAAGGCUGUGCUCAUGCAGCUGUGGGCCACACAGGGUAAUGUUGGUCCAGCUGCAUUUUGGCUCUUGGCCUUCUUGUUGACAAAUCCUGAAGCUCUGAUGGCAGUAAAGAGGGAGUUUAGCCAGAUCUCGCAGAUGGAGACCUCAGAGAUUUUCCUCGUGGACAGAUCCGUGAAAACUCCAGUAUUUGACAGCGCCUUAGAAGAGACACUGAGGCUCACUGCUGCCUCCUUCAUAACCAGAGAAGUUGUGCAAGAGAAAAUCCUUCCCAUGGCUGAUGGCAGCGAGUAUCUGCUGAGAAAAGGAGACAGGGUGUGUUUGUUCCCCUUCGUCAGCCCUCAAAUGGACCCUGAGAUUUACUGUCAGCCACAGAAAUUCGAAUACGACCGUUUCCUGAAUGAGGACGGUUCGGUUAAGAAGGAUUUUUACAAAGGAGGGAAGCUGCUGCGGUAUCACACCAUGCCGUGGGGCGCCGGUACCAAUGGCUGUGUGGGCAAGCCGUUCGCCAUCAGCACCAUCAGGCAGUUUGUUUACAUGUUGUUGACCAACUACGAUCUGGAGCUCUGCGACUCAAAGGCUGAAAUACCAGAGAUAAAUACCAGCCGUUAUGGAUUCGGGAUGCUGCAGCCUGAGGGAGACUUGCUUGUUCGUUAUAAACCAAGAAAUGUGCACUAGGAAAUGGAAUACCUUACUUUCUUUUGAAUAUUUCAACCCAAUAACAUUGUCAAUAUUGUAAAUAUGUCCUUUGUACUUUUGUAUUUGCUAUUUAUAUGACUUAUUCAACUAUUUAUCAAUAAAUAU